AUGAUUCCCCCUCUCAUCUCACUAGAAGAGCACUUCUUCUCGGCAGCCAUGCUUGCCUCCCCCACCGCGGCCAAAUACAGUGAACAAUUCAAACAUAUUACUGGUCUCCGGGAUAAGCUGGCGGAUGUUGGGCCUCUACGCCUUUCAGACAUGGAUGAGAACAACAUCUCAUUUCAAAUCGUGUCGCAUGCCCCAGGGUCAUUAUCUGCUGGCGAAUGCCGGUCCGCCAAUGACCAACUAUCGUAUCUGAUCCAACAAAACCCCGAUCGCUUCGCCGGCUUCGCGGUCCUACCCGUCGAUGAUCCAGCCGCGUGCGCAACGGAACUCAAACGGUGUAUCACCGACCUCGGCUUUGUCGGCGCCCUGAUCGACAAUCACAGCUCUACGGGUGCCUACUACGAUGGAGCAGAAUAUCUGCCUCUAUUCCAGACUGCGUCUGACCUCUCUGUGCCCAUAUACCUACACCCAACAUGGCCCACCACAGCUAUGCUCUCAACCCUCUACACCGGCAAUUUCCCCACAUCGGCCACCCAAUCCAUCUCCGCGUCUGCUUUCGGCUGGCACUCUGACGUGGCAACACACAUCCUACGGCUCUUCGCCAGUGGCCUCUUCGACAAAUUGCCCAACCUGAAACUGAUCGUUGGGCACAUGGGUGAAAUGCUACCGUUCAUGCUCGCGCGCAUCAACCAGCUCUCCGUGCGGUGGGCGCCAUCGCCCCGGACGUUCCAACAGGUCUACGACGAGAAUCUGUGGAUCACGACGAGCGGGAACUGGAGCGUCGAUCCCAUGGCGUGUAUUCUGCGCAACACCAAGAUCGAGAGGAUUUUGUUCUCGGUGGAUUAUCCGUUUGCAAGGAAUCAGGAUGGCGCCAAGUUUAUGCGCGAAUUUGAGGAGAGUGGGUUGGUGGACUCGAAGGGCCUGGAGAUGAUUGCGUUCAGGAAUGCGGAGGCGCUGUUGGGCGUCAAGCAUACGAAGGACAAGUUUUGA